AGAUUCCGCCUCUGCAAGUUCGCUCUAAUCCCUUUGGUCGCACAUCGUCAGGCACUGUGCACUUAAGCUGCUCAACACCCAGGUGACGAUCGCAACCUCCUGCCCGCCCCUGCCAUCUCAUAUAGAUCCAUGACUUGCACCCUCCCUCUCCUGCGCUUUCUCACCUCCUAACGCAUUCGAUCCCGACUCCGACAAUCGCCUCUCUCCUCGUCGGGUCCUCGAUCAUCUUUUUUCAGCCCAUCGGAGCCGCCCAGAACUGCCCAAGCCUUUCGCUGGGGGGUUUGUGCAUGCUGUGGUGGCGCGUGGGGUUUUAGGAGUGGCACAGGGGUUUUGGGACAGGCGAGGCUUGUGCAUCGGUUUGGCGGGUUCCGUUGCGGUGGUCUUGCUUGUAUACCUGUGCUUCCGGGUGGUGCGGUUCUUUUCUGACGAGCGACGUGGUUCCGUGUGGUGCGUGAGAAGGCGUUGUGUAUCGUGGGGGUUUUGGGGGCGAGUGUUGUUUCUUUUCGGUGAAUGCUUGGAAUUUGUGGGCCAUGGAGUGAUUGGAGCUGUCGCGAGUGAGAGGGUCGGGCGCUGUUGUGAAGUGCGUGCGAAGAAGCUGCAGGGAUGGCGGCUGUCCAGAUGCCGGGGCUGCAUGGCGCGCACGCGUGCAUCGCUGCGGGUCAGCGCAAUUCGUCGACGAAGAUGGUCCGGAAUUGGGUUUCGAAAGCUCCGUGCUCUGUCUCGUCUUGUAGCAGCCUGAGCCGAGGCGCGCUUCUUAGCUAUGGGAGCCUGAUCAAAGUGGAAGGCAGGACGAGGGUGUGCUCGCUGGUGGAAGCUUCUUCUGCAUCUGCUGCAAUCAUGGGGGAUGCGGAGGGCGAGGGGGAGGGCGACGGAGCGAGCAGGAGGGAAUGGGUGAGCCCCAUGCCCGGCAAUCCCAUGGAUGGGUGGCUGCGGAAGGGCGAUGAGCGUGAGGGCGAUGCGUGGAGGGAGGAAUGCGGGGUUGUGGCGAUCUUCGGGGAUCCAGAGGCCAGCAGGCUGUGCUACUUGUCCCUGCAUGCUUUGCAGCACAGGGGGCAGGAGGGCGCUGGAAUCGUGACCGCCGACGGAAACACUCUGCAUGCCGUCACAGGCAUGGGGCUCGUGAGCGAAGUGUUCGACGAAGGCAAGCUGCAGAAACUGCCCGGGUCCUGCGCCAUCGGGCAUGUGAGGUACGCAACCGCCGGGGCCUCGGUGCUGAAGAACGUUCAGCCGUUCGUGGCGGCCUCCCGACAGGGAGCGCUCGCGGUCGCGCACAAUGGGAACCUCGUCAACUACUCGGAGCUGAGAGGGAAGCUGGAAGAAAGCGGUUCCAUCUUCAACACCUCGUCGGAUACCGAGGUGAUUCUCCACCUGAUCGCCAUAUCGCAGAAGCCGCCGUUUUUGGCUCGGUUGGUGGAGGCGUGUGAGCAGCUGGAGGGCGCGUAUUCGUUAGUGUUCUUGUCGGAGGACAAGGUGGUGGCAGUGCGGGACCCUCAUGGAUUCCGGCCUCUGGUGAUGGGCAUGAAGAGCAACGGAGCAUACGUUUUCGCUUCGGAGACGUGUGCAUUGGACCUGAUCGAGGCGGAGUACGUCCGCGAGGUUCAACCUGGCGAGGUGGUGGUGGUGGACAAGAACGAGGGGUUCAGCUCUUCGUUUCUGAUGCCGAACGUUCGACCAACUCCUCAAGCGUGCAUAUUCGAGCACAUAUAUUUUGCGCAGCCGAACUCGGUGGUGUUUGGGCGAUCGGUGUACGACUCGCGGUACGAGUACGGGCGGAUCUUGGCAGCGACGGCGCCCGUGGAGUGCGACGUCGUGAUCGCGAUACCCGACUCGGGAGUGGUUGCAGCGCUGGGGUACUCAGCGGAAGCCAAAGUGCCGUUUCAGCAAGGCCUCAUCAGGUCGCACUACGUGGGCAGGACGUUCAUUGAGCCGUCCCAGAAGAUCCGCGACUUUGGUGUGAAGCUGAAACUCGCACCAGUGGCGCACGUGCUAAAAGGUAAGCGAGUCGUGGUGAUCGACGACUCCAUCGUGCGGGGGACAACCUCCAUCAAGAUUGUGCGGCUGCUCAAGGAGGCGGGAGCGGCCGAGGUGCACAUGAGGAUCGCAAGCCCUCCCAUCACGGGGUCGUGCUACUACGGCGUGGAUACUCCGAGCAAGGAGGAGCUUAUCUCGCACAGGUUGAACGUGGAGGAGACGAGGAAGGUGCUUGGCGCGGAGUCUUUGGCGUUUCUGCCGCUGGAGCGACUGAGGGGAAUGCUGGGGGACGAGGCGCCGAAGUUCUGCGACGCGUGCUUCUCAGGAGCGUAUGCAGUGCCGCCGAGGGACUUGACGAAGUUCAAGGAGGAGAAGUUGAAGCCCGUUCAGAUCGUGGCUGCUUGAGAGAAGGUGGAGUAGAAGGGCCGGGGAUCUGGCACGGUGUGCGAUUGCGUGGGACACGUUGCGGGUGGGUGACUGCAGUGCAAGGAGAGAGAGCUCGAGCUGACGGCGGGGUUAGUUGAGUGCGCCGGUGGCUCGGCCAGGAAUGGUCUGGCGGAGUGCGACCUAGGUGAGCGUAAAUCGAGUAGGGUAGAUAGGGAGAUGAGCAUUGAUGGAGAGGGUCGCAGGAGCUGGUCGUGGUUCCGGAUGUGUGAAUCGGGAGACUCGGAGGCGAGGAGAGAAAAUGGUGGAUGAGGGAGCCCUGGCCGAAAGCGGUCGAAAGCGGCACAUUUAUGUAUGUUUGUACAUUUGCCGGGUGCCCUUGAUGUUUCACUGGGGUGGGCACAGUUUGAGUUAUAUGCAGUGAAACAGAUGGUUAAGCUCUCGGAAUCAAA